AUGGAUUGGGCAAUCAAAGCAGCUAGGAAGAAAACUCAAAGAAAACCAGGCUCUACCCGUUCAAUCAUAGAAACUCUCGAUGAUCUAAAUAAUAUAACAACUGACGCACAUGCAGAAAUAAAUCAUCGGUUACAGGAAAGUAGCGAGUGGCUAAGAAAUAAUAUUUAUAUGAAUAAGGUCAAGCAUGAAGACAAAAAUAUAGAAGAAUCUUUAAUUAGCCCUGAAAAUACGCAUAACAAAAUGGACGUCGAAUUUACAAAAGUGAAAGAGGAGUAUGAACUUUCUAAUUCGCAAAAAGAUGCCGCAAAAGAUGUUACUAAGACACCUAGAAAUGUUUUACAUAAUGAUAAAAGCAUAACACCUAAAUCGCUCCGCAGAAGGGAAGUCACGGAAGGAAUGAAUAAAUUCAGUAUCCAUGAUACCCAUAAAAGCCCAAUCGAACCUAUGAAUAGCAUUAAGGCCAACGCCAACGACAGCGAAAAAUCCUCACCAUGGUCACCUUAUAAAGUGGAAAAGAUUCUAAAGGAAUCCUCCAAGACUUCUGAAUCACCGCUCAACAUCAAACGCCUCGAUAAUCAAACAUGGGCGGCUAAGGAGGAGGUGGGGGAUGGACCUGUACUGCACACCUCAAAGAAAGUUGAACCCGUAAAGGUGAGACCUCCACCAACUUCUGAGACAGCAAGAUCACAAAGAAGGUCGAAUAUGUUUGUUCCACUGCCGAAUAAAGAUCCUCUUAUUGUUCAACACAUUCCUCCAAUAAAAUCUUCAGGGUCAAUACCAAAAUUGCGAAUAGCAAAGGAAUCACCAGUUGCAUUGAAAAAGAAAUCUACGAUAAACAGCCCUGCCUUAAGAGCUACGGAAAACAAUGACACUGCGGGAUCUACAAAAGCAUCCAGUGUAUUCGAUAGGUUAUCAUCUAUUCCAACAAAAUCGUUUGAAAACAAAAUUUCUCGUGGAAACGUUGGCCACAAGUACUCCUCUUCAUCAAUCGAUCUAACAGGCUCCCCCAUGAGAAAAGUUUCUCAAAGCUUUAAGCCAGUCAACUCCACAGAUACUGAUAUGCAAGAAGCGUUAAGAGACAUAUUUUCAGUAAAGAAUAAAAUAACUAAAAAUAAUUCACCCAAAGGAAAGAAUUCUCGAAAAUCUUCUAUUCCGAGGCUUGAUAAGACCUCUUUAAAGUUGACUACACACAAAAAACUAGCUAUCAUCGCAGAACAGAAAAAGCAGUAUAAGCACUCUAGUGAGGCUCAUAAAAUUGAUUCCAGGCCGCGUAGUACAUCCCCAACAAAAAUAAAUAUCGAUUCGAACUCGCCAUCCAAGGACAUUACAAAUCGUUACCAAAGCCCUAUAAGAGGCUACUUGAGGCCGACAAAAGCAUCUAUUUCGCCCAAUAAAAAUAAAAAUUUAGCGACUUCACAAACGCCACAUCGUUUGAAAAUCAAAGAGAAAACAUUAAGAAAACUAUCACCGAAUAUUGCAGAUAUUUCCAAACCGGAGUCCCGUAAAUCCAAGAAUUACCGACUUACAAACCUUCAACUGCUUCCACCAGCAGAAGCAGAACGAGAUGAUUUGAAAAAAAAGUUUGAUAAAAGGCUAUCAGGGAUUAUGAGGUCUCAACAGGAACAUCAUCGGCGUAAACAAGAAAAACAAAAAAGAAUGUCACAUUUGGAACAGGAUCUAAAAAAGCAAACAAGCUUUAGCAAUGAUUACAAGGACACACGUCUAAAAGAAUCUUUGCCACCUUUCGAUAACCAUGUGCGGGAUAUCACUAACAAAAAUACUACAUUUAAUACCGAAAAUAUACUAGCGACAAUAAAUACAGUUGACCAUCGAGAAAUAAUCGGAAAUGUUACUCCGAAGGUAGCCUCCGCCAAUGAUUCUUUACCCGAGAUAAAUACAGAUUCUGAAGAUGAGGCUAGCGUGACUUUGGCGGCAUGGGCUAAAUCCCCGUAUUUACAAGAGCAAUUAUUAAGACAGCAAGAUAUAAAUCCCCAGACUAUUUUUGGACCGAUCCCGCCUUUACACACUGAUGAAAUUUUCCCUAAUCCUAGGUUAAACAGGUUGAAACCACGCCCAAUUGUGCCAAAAAGACCUUGA